AUGGACCAAUUCACCAUUUCAGAGCGGGAGGCGGUGGCGCGCCACCUGCAGCGCUCCAAGUCUCAGGCUUCGAACUCGCCGCCCGCUUCCGCCGAAGAAUUUCUGUCGCCGGGCGGAGGUCGUGAAGGCGCGAUGGGUCCCUUGGGCCGGGGCAGUGCCGGGGCCUGGGGCCUGCCAGCGCAGCUUACGCAGGAGGAUCAGCAGUGGAUCCAGGCGCAGUGGUCCAAAGCUGUCCGCUCCGGCGCCGCCAUGGCGACCGCGGAGGAGCUCCACGCAAAGAUCGCGGGCGCCAAGCGGACGCUGGAGGAGAAGAAGGCGCAUACCACGCAGCUCCGCGAGGAGUCCACCCGCGCGGAGGAGCGACAACGUCUCAGGCGGCAGCUGGAGGAGGUGCAGAAGCACAUCUCGCACCAAGAGUCCAUCAACAGCGGGGAGCGGAACUACCGCCGGCUCCUGGACGCGGACGCCUUGGGGAACACGCCCUCUGAUGGCUCCAAGCCCUUUGAGCCUCCCCCCGCCAGGCUCGCGGAGCGGAGGCAAGACAUCGGCAUGGCGAAGCUCCGGCCGGGCCCCACCUGCACGCUGAUGGGAACGACGGGGCUCAACGCCGGAGAUGCUGGCAGAGCUAGGGGCGUGGAUCUCGUCCAGGGCGGUGUCACAAAUGGUGAUGUUGCGAGGGAUGCGGACGAGAUCCUCAGGUCGGAGGUAUCACGACUAGUGGUGAUGUGA